CAGAAGAAGAAGAAGAAGAACGCGGUCGCACACGGACAGAGAGAGAGAGAGAGAUACCGGACCAGAGGAAGGAAAGCUGAAGAAUAAGAGAUUUGGAAAAAACGAACGGUGAAGAGGAACUACCUGAUAUGGCAAAUUCCGGUGGGGAUGACCAGGAGGAGGAGCAAAAGAGAGAGAUGGAGGAGGAGCAAAAGAGAGAGAUGGAGGAGAAACAGAGGAGAGAGAUGGAGGAGAAACAGAAGAGAGAGGCAGAGGAGAGGCUGAAAGAGAUGGAGAAGAAACAGAAGAGAGAGGCAGAGGAGAUGCUGAAAAAGAUGGAGAAGAAACAGAAGGGAGAGGCAGAGGAGAGGCUGAAAGAGAUGGAGAAGAAACAGAAGAGAGAGGCAGAGGAGAGGCUGAAAGAGAUGGAAAAGAAACAGAAGGGAGAGGCAGAGGAGAGGCUGAAAAAGAUGGAGAAGAAACAGAAGAGAGAGGCAGAGGAGAGGCUGAAAGAGAUGGAGAAGAAACAGAAGAGAGAGGCAGAGGAGAUGCUGAAAAAGAUGGAGAAGAAACAGAAGGGAGAGGCAGAGGAGAGGCUGAAAGAGAUGGAGAAGAAACAGAAGAGAGAGGCAGAGGAGAGGCUGAAAGAGAUGGAAAAGAAACAGAAGGGAGAGGCAGAGGAGAGGCUGAAAAAGAUGGAGAAGAAACAGAAGGGAGAGGCAGAGGAGAGGCUGAAAGAGAUGGAAAAGAAACAGAAGAGAGAGGCAGAGGAGAGGCUGAAAAAGAUGGAAAAUAAACAGAAGGGAGAGGCAGAGGAGAGGCUGAAAGAGAUGGAGAAGAAACAGAAGAGAGGAAUGGAGGAGAGACUGAAAGAGAUGGAGAAGAAACAGCAGAAAGAGAUGGAGAGGAAUCAGAAGAAGGGCAAAAAGAGUUCUCCAUGUCCAUGUUGCUGUUGCUGUUCCUGUUGCUGUUCCUGUUGUUCCUGUCGCUGUCCCUGUUCCUGUCCCUGUCGAUGUCUCCAUCGCUGUCUCCGUCGAUGUCUCCGUCGCUGUCUCCGUCGAUGUCUCGGUGGUUCUUCCAAUGGCCCUCCCGGUAUUCCUGACUGUUGCCCUCCCGGUAUUCCUGUCUGUUUCCCUCCCGGUAUUCCUACCUGUGGCUCUCCCGGUGGCUCUCCUGGUUGCUGUUUCAUUGGUCUUCCCUGUUGCUGUCCUUGUUGUUUCCUGGUUCCACUCCUAUACAUCGGCUCAAUAAUUCUACUGCUGAUCUCCAUUUUCAAAGAUUUUCAAGGAUUUCUCGAGAACAUGAAAAGCGUGUGGUCAAUCCCAGCUCUGCUCGCUGUUAUAUUCAGUGCUCUGAGUCUCAUUGUCUUCCUGACUCUCUGCUGUCUGCGCAAGGAUCACAGGUGCAUCUUGGCUGGGAUGUUCCAACUCAUGGCCUGUUUUGUCAUCGGGAGUGUUGCCUCGAUCUUCACGUACCAGUUUUUAAAGAACAAACAGGAGGACUAUUCGAGACUUUCCUAUGCCUGGGCAUCUUUCUCUCUGUCCUUCAUCAUCUGUGUGAAAUAUUUUGUACUUUGUAAGAAAGUGAAAAAGGAGAGGAGGAUAGGGGGGGAAGGGAGGGAGAGGAGGGUAGAAGAGGGGAGAUGGGAAGAGAUGAGAGAGAUGGGAGGAGGGGAGGGGGAGGAGAGAGCUGAAGAGGGGAGAUUAUAUAUGGACGAGGCAAAGGCGGUAAUGGACUCUGAGCAGGGGGCGCUAAGCGUCAUCGUAAAGUACUCCGUGAUAACAUCCAGGGCAUCACCAAGCCAGCUAUCCGUCGUCUGGCUCGCCGCGGAGGAGUGA